CAGCCAAAUGGAUCACCGACACGGUUAUGUCUAGUGUACAAGUUUAGUGUACACCGCGCCGUCAUCUCGUCGCGUUGCUCUUUUUACUGCGCUAUACCGUAAAUCAGCAUGACGGUGGCGCAAUGUUUUCGUCGUUAAAGUUUUCCACGCUACGAUCGAAAAAACACACAUCUCCGAAGCAAAGCGUGCAGCACCGGAAAUCUACGAGCAAAUGUAAGGAGCCUACACGUGAGCAACAUUGGCUGUUGGAGAAGGUGUGUUCGACCCAGAAGAGUGAAGACAAACGAAUGGUGUCCAAGCACACAAUUUAUGAGUCCAGUAACUACUCGGAUCAAUGUACUAGUAUAUAUCAGUAUGUGAAGCACAAAAUCAUUGACGUGUUCAUUGAACGGGAAGACGGUAGUCUCGGAAUAGUGCUACGUGGUGGUGCACAUCCGGAUCCUGACAUGUGCAAGCCGUUAACUGUGACGCAUGUUAGACCCGACGGACCUGCCGACAGAGAAGGCACAAUUAAGGUCGGUGAUCACUUAUUAGCCAUCGAUGGUGUUUCAUUGAAUGGCUUAAUAUUAGCUGACGCUGAUGCAGUACUUAGGCAAUCGGACGGAGCAUGCCGAUUGACCGUGAGAUACCAAGUAUCGGCGGCGGAAAGAGUCGGUAAUGCCACUUGUCCACUGUUGGUUGAAGUUGAAAGUCCGAGACCCCAUCAAUUAGGUCUAACUUUGACAAACACAAUCAAUAAUAGUGCGGUUGUAGUCGAUCACGUAAAACCUGGUAGCAUUGCCGAACGGUGUGGUGCUAUAUUUCCUGGUGACCAGAUAGUGGCAGUCAAUGACACGAGGGUAGCUGGACUAAGGACAGCAGCCAGUGACGUAUACAAACUGUUACGAACAUGUGGAGGCGCUCAGUCCACUCUGAGACUAGAAAUAAUACCGGCAUUUACCGCAGAUUUAAUACACGCCGACUACUGUUCGUCAUACGAUUCACGUCAACAUUUGUACUCCGUAUACGAAGAUCCUAUCGAUCCAGUAACUUGGGAACCAGCGGAAACGCAUAACGUAGUACGAGUAGAUUACACUAUAUUGACUUUAGUGGCUGAUGAAAAUGGUCGGUUUGGAAUGGACAUUCGAUCGAAUAACUUGGCAUUGGUCGUUUGUUAUAUUGAACCAGGAGGACCCACUGACAGAACCGGUUGCGUGCAAGUAGGUGAUCGCAUAUUAUCUGUGAACGGGUGCAAGAGCACCAGUUUUGUACCUUUAUUCCAGCAACCACUGCACGAUUUUUUAGGACCCGAAGUAAAAAAUGCCUGCAUCAAGGUGGAGUUUGAUAUAACAGAUUUUGUAGUACCCACGUCGGGAGAAUUUACAGUGAAAUUGCUGAAAAAUGACUACAGAAGUCUCGGAAUUACGAUAACAGACGAUGGUAAUGGGCAAGUGUGUAUUUCGGAAAUCGUACCUGGUUCGAUAGCUCAUCGAUCUGGCACAUUAAAAAUUGGUGACACAUUAUUGGCUGUGAAUAAUAAAUCGUUGAGUGAUUGCACUAGACAAGAAGCAAGUAGUAUACUCCAAGAAGCCGGAGAUGUGGUGACGCUGCGAGUACGGACUUCUAAUACAGCUAUAGAUGAUUAUGAAAAUGAAGAUGAUUUGGUUCAGUACACAGUAGAAUUAUACAAAAAAGGUGAACCUUUGGGUAUUACCAUCACAGGUUCGGAAGAUUCCAGAUUACCUAUUUCUAUACAAGAAUUAUCACCAGGUGGAUUGGCCGACCGAACAGGUGCCAUACACGUAGGUGACCGUUUGCUGGCGAUUAACGGCGCAGACCUGUCCGAGGCACCGUUGUCCACUGCCAUAGCACAGCUGCAGAACACCGACGACAGGGUAGUGAUAACCGUUUCAAGACCGCAACAACGAUCGUUGUACACCAGCGCUGGUAUGCUGUCUGGUUCCGCCGCCGCCGCGGAAGAUUCGGCCAUCGAGUCGGACACCUGUACCCGGUCGGCGCCCAACCUGCACGAACCAACGCCCGACCGGAUCGUGUUCCGACACAGGUCCAAAAGCGCUCAAAGGAAGGUACCGGAGUUCGACAGUGACUAUUUCGGCGGCACACUUCGUCCAUACUACAUACGCGAGCACGCAGACUACGACAUUGACAGCAUAUUUAAGAUAGCCGAGAACCAGGAUCGAGAUGGCCUGCUCGAUUUUGACCUGUUCCAAGUUACUUUGUUCAAGGACGCGGUGUACGAAGAUUUCGGUUUCAGUAUAUCAGAUGGUUUAUACGAGCGAGGAGUUUUCGUUAACAACAUCAGAAAAGGAGGACCAGCUGACUUGAGCGGCAUGCUAAAACGAUAUGACCGUAUAAUUCAAGUUAAUAAUACCAGGACAGACGAUUCCGAUUGCUGUUUGACUGUGCCAUUGGUGGCGUCUGCCGGAGAUAAAAUUACACUGACCGUGGAAAGACGAAACAACAUGCAGAGAAUUCAAUUUCCUUAGAAAAUUGACAGUCAUCACGUAUUAAAUUUACUAGUACGUUAUACUAUACUGCAUAAAUUUCUUUUUAAAUCAAUUCCUCGGACGCUAUAGCUUUGUUUUAGGACUGAAGACUCUUUGCGUUCUAUACGUUUGGUUUAUGUAUAAUUAAUUAUUUUUCUUUGUAAAACGUACUAUGCACUAUAUACAUAACAAGUUACAAGUAAAAACUAAUCCUAUAUAACCAUUAUAACUAUUUAAUAAGUAUUCGUUAAUAUUGCAAUUAUAAUUUAAGUUACAAUUUAUAUGUUACAUUUUUAUAUUUUAUUUUUUUUUUUACUCUUAUUAUUUUUAUUUUGUUCUUUAAUUAUAUAAACGUUUUUAUUUAUACUAGCACGCACGUGUGUGUGAGCGUGUUGAAUGUGUUCAUACUUGAUGUAUUUAAACUAGAUAUUUUGAAUAAUUAAAAUACUUAUAAUAAACUGUAAUUUAAGAAUAAUCAUAAAUGAUCAUUUAAAUUUUUAGGAUCUCAUUUUUAGUAUGCAGUUUACAUUAGAUAAAAACCCAUUUAUAAACUAAUUAAAAUUUUAUUCAUUGUCCCAAAAUAAUGUUAUAUUUAAAUAUGUAUCAUUUUCAAUAAGAAAAAGUGGUAUACAUGUUAAAUAAAAGCCGAAAAACAAAGAACCGCCUCCAUAGUUAGGAGUUCUAUGGCUAUUAACUAUACUUUACCAAUCGUACUUUUUAUAUGUGCAUGUGUAUUAAUAUUGCAUACUCAGUACGCCGGAUAACAAUAUGUUAUAUUAUCUUCGUAAAUUAAAAAAAUAUCUAUCAAAGUUAUAGCAUCUUAACUCGAUCACAACGACGAGAUGCAGAACAUUUCAAAUCAUAUUUCAAAUAAAAUAUUAUGAAUAUAAUUAUGCCUUAUGUACAAAUAAAGCAAUAUUUUGUUGAGUAGAAGUAUUAAAAAUUAUUUGAUUAGCAUUAAAUAAUAACUUAAAUAAAGAUAAGAUGAAUAAUCGAUUACGGUAAACGUUUGUGUCUACCUAUAAUCUUAAUUUAUCUUGCUAUAUCAUUCAGUUAUCGACAUACCACUCAGUUACAUCAUUUGUCAUUUAGUCUGUAAAUUGUGAGUAUACCGAAAAUAAGUAGUUCAAUUGCAAAAAAAUUCGAGAAUGGAUUUCCACAGCAAACAAAGACACUGAGGUUUUCACUACUGACGGAAAAUUAGAAUUUUAUAACCCUUGUGGAAAAUCUAUUGUUUGUAAUUUUAAAAUAUAUUAAGUUGUUCGGAAAAUUCACUAUUUUUUUCAUUAAGUAUUUCAGUAAUUAAUUAUUUGUUAAUGAAUAAUUUAUUUUCUAUUAUUACUUACUUAAUUUGUAAAUUUUAAAUAAAUAAAAAAUAAUUCUUGCAUAUUUUCACGCUUAUAAAAAAAAUUGUCACUAACGAGUUUUGAUUUUUUUUAACUACAAUAAGAACAAAUCAUAAGGAAUCUUGUAUUCAAUUUUCAAGUUAUUUUGGUCAACCAACAUUUUUUUAUCGACGCUUAAAAAAAAAAUUCUCAGAAAAAUCUAAAAUUUCUGUGAUCUAUAAAUAACUCAAAAAAAGUCAAAAUAUUUUGAAAAUUUAACCAUGUAUUAAUAACAGUAACAUAAAAUGUGGUGAAAAUUUCAAAUACGAGUGUUUACAGUGAUUCGUUUUCGAGUUACAAUAUAAAAAAUCGAUUUUGUCAAAAACUGGUUUUGCGUAAAAAUUCUCACUUUUCCGUCUCUUUUUUGUUGUUUAUCCCGGUUUUUUUUAAAACUGCAGGAAACUUCUUACUUUUUACUAACCAAUGAUAUUUAAUUUGUCACCGGAAACCAACCCUGAAAUUUUAAAUAUUUUCGAUAUAUUAUGGUAAACAUAAGCACCCAAAAAAAAACACAUCAUUGUAUAAUACUAUAGUCUAUAAUAGAAUUGAUACAUUCAUCACUCCGUUCUAAAUCUAAAACACUUAACACUUCUACUACUUACUCAUUGGUUGCACUAGAAUGAGAAUACUGAAUAACAAUAUUAUACUUUUGUAUAUUUUAAUCAUUGAAGUUAUGUAAUAAUUAAUAACUUACUGUUAUUAAAUUGUUCAGUUCAGUUUUUAAUGAUUUAAAUACGAAUUAAGUUAUAAUACAGAAUAACAGAAUCUAUAGUAUAACUAUUAAAUUUAUGAUAAUUGUUCGGUAAAUUAUAAUAUGAAUAAUUUGAAAUCCGUUAUUUCCAGACUUGUAAAGUAUUUAAUAUCCUUGAAUUUAUUGUGACCGUGGUUCUAACCAUAUUUUGAUGGUAACCUAUUUCUACUAUCUGGUUACCGAUUACGGUAAAACAUCCCGUAUUAGGUUGAAGCUUGAAGUUGUACACUGCAUGCGAUUUCAUACUUAUUUUAUGAUAUAGUAUUAAUUUAUUAAUUUAUUGGAUUGUGUACUUACAAUUUUUUUUAAUAACACUAACAGUAAUUAACACUUUCAAACUAUCCCAAUAUGUCAGGACGUGAAGGAGGAAAAAAGAAGCCUUUAAAAAAUCCUAAAAAAGAAUCUAAAGAAAUAGAUGAAGAUGAUUUAAAAAUGAAACAAAAAUUAAAAGAACAACAAAAAGCAUUGAAUGAUCUUAAAACUAAAGCUGCGCAAAAAGGACCAAUGGUUAGUGGUGGUAUAAAGAAAUCUGGCAAAAAAUAAUGUAUGAACUAUGUAAUAAUUAAGAGAAAAACAUUAUAUCAUUUUAUGUAAAGAACCAAAAAUCUGCUAUAUGAUGAUUUCAAAAUAAAACAAUUUGUGUUAUUUACUACAAUAA